ACACGACAUAGUUUGACAAGGGAGUUGACAAUUUUCGAUGCCAUUUUAACCGUAAGUGUCACAUUAGCCGAAAAUGGCCACGGUUGGCGUGUAUUCCAAUCGUUUGUAGAAGAAAAGUGACUUUCAAGCUGAAAAACAUUUUCUUUCCUAAGCGUAAAGAUUCAUUUGAUUCCAUCUGCAUUCGUUUCGAAAUAUACUCCAAAUAAAUUAUUUGUUGGUAUAGUGCUUUUCCAAGUGGUAGUUUUACUACUGCCGAUAGUAAUCUGAAAAGCAUUCAAUAGUACCAUGUCUACGAAGGUGGUGCAAGUUACAAAUAUAGCACCGCAGGCGACUAAAGAUCAAAUGCAAAAUCUUUUUGGAUGCAUUGGAAAAAUCGAUGAAAUCAGAUUGUAUCCAACUGUUCGUGAUGUUACAUGUCCGGUAGUUUCUCGUGUGUGUUACGUGAAAUUUUUCGAAAGUAGUUGCGUGGCCGUCGCACAACACCUAACCAAUACUGUUUUUAUCGAUCGAGCUUUGAUUGUUUGUCCCGUUGCAAAUGGUAUGAUUCCGGAUGAAUUCAAAGCACUUGAAAUAAUCAACAAUGGAUCUACGGUUCCCGGUUUACCUGCAAAUGAUUCACAGUUGCCACCAGAUGUAGUGAAUCGUGUUGAAGGAACUCAUCCAUUUCAGGUGAUUAAAACUUCGGACCCAAAACUGGUUGAAUUUAAUUUGCCAGAGUAUCCACCCCUGCCAAUCAAUUUUGAUGCACGAAAAAUUGAGGAAAUUCGUCGCACCAUCAUUUUGAUUGACAUUCCAGCUGAUUGGGAGCUCCAAGAAAUUAUCAAAUUUUUUGGUGAACAAGCUGGAGAAGUAAAGUAUGCACGUUUUGCGGAGAAAAGCCGACAAAAACAUGUCAUGAUCGAGUUUUGUGAUCAAAAAAGUGUUGUAAAAGCACUUAAAAUGCAAGGCUCAGAAUUUUUGGGUAAACGCUUGAACAUCUACCACUCAAUGCAAGCAAUCAUCAAACCAGAAGCCAAAAGUAAUGAGGCAGCACAACGCGAAAUCGAAGAAGCGAUGUCCAUUGUCAAGGAGACACAUAUGAUAUCAGCGGCUUUAGAACCUGUCAUUGGUAUAUUAUCGUCGAAAGAAAAGUCAGUCACUCACCGCAGAAGUCGUACUCGAUCCAGAUCAUCUCGUUCUCGUAGCCGCUCUCGUCGCUCAAAAUCCCGCAAAAGAAGCAAACGAAGCAGAUCAUCAAAAAGACGUUCCGCUUCUCGUUCACGUUCAAAACGUAGCCGAUCACGCAGUCGAUCCAGAAGAAAGCGUUCAAGAUCUCGUUCGAAGCGGCCAAGGUCUCGUGAUCGUGAAAGACGCAGACGUUCAAGAUCAACAAGACGCCGUAGCCGUUCAGUUUCGAGAGAAAGACGUAGGUCCAGAUCACGUUCUCAUGAACGCCGCGAAAGACGCGAAAGAGAUACAAGAAGACGACACAGCCGCUCGCCACAAAGCAGUAAGCCACGUAAGUCCACACGCAAAGAAGAAAAGCGCCGUAAGUCAAGAACUCGCUCAAAGAGUCGUGAUAGACGUCAUGCCACCUCAUCUCGUCGUGAGCGUCGUGAUGAACGGGAUGAGAAACCAAAGGAACGUCGCCGAGAAAAAGAACAAAGCCGUAGUAGGUCUAAGGAAUCUUCGCGAAAACCCAAACGUAUUUCUGAAGAAAAGCCGAGUCAACGUGAUUAUGAUGCUGAAGAGCGAAUUGGAACAGAAGACUCAUCAAAAAGAGAAUCAUCAGAUGAUGCAUCAGAAAAAGACAUGGACAUUGCAAACUCUCCAUGAAUCAUAUUAUCAAGAGCAAAUAAUAAGUUUCUACUUAAACUAAAUAUAUCUUAUUCUUCGUGAAACUAUUUAAUUGCCUGUUCUUCAUUAGCUCUUUUUGAAUUUAAAAGUAACGAAUAAUUUUUUUUCAAUAUUCGCUUGGGAGUUGAUAAUAAUAAUUCAUCUGAUAUCUUUUCAAACAAUUCAAUAAAAAUUUAUGUUGUAGUA